AUGCCGCAUGCUGACGAGACCACUCCCAAGCAUAUGCAACAACAACAUCAUCAUGGACAACAAAGACCAAAUAAACUUGUCCCUCGAAGACGAAACACGGAAACUGAAAAUGCAGCAAUAUCUAAACGACAUGCUCUAUUGAUGCGCGAUCGACGGAUCCUUAUUUUAAUCACUUUCCUCUGCUGCCUUGCCUCGAUUCUCUGGAUCGUCUCGCUGUCCACGGAUUUCUGGGUUAUUGUGGAUACGGUACCGAAGAACAGUAAUGACUCAACAGCUGUCCUCAAGAGUCAUUUGGGUGUGUGGCGCGGAUGCAUCACAAAUCGACAAAGAAUUAACGAGUCCACCAGCAUCGUAGAUACCGAUGGCUGCUCGUAUCAUAAUCUGGAACAGGACGAUCACGAACUCAAAGCUAAACCUUCUAUUGCAAGAACAAUCGUCGAUUACCGACGAACCAUCGUAGCCCUGGCAGGACUCUCUCUUUUAUGUCACAUUAUGUCCAUCUCGUUUUCCAUGUACACGUUUCGGAAUUCGCGCUACACAUUCAAACGAUUGGCUGGCUGCAUGCAUUUGAUCACAGCGGCAACGACAUUUGUGCUAAUUGAAGUUGUUUCCAACGGAGCGGACUUCUCAAGGGCCCAUUUACUCAGCGUUUUCCCCGUCGGAACGGUUUGGCACCACGGUUUCUCAUAUUACCUAGCCUGGUAUGUUUGCUUCCAGUACGGCAUGGCAGGGCUGACUUUCCUUGUCUGCUCUCGCAAGCGGAAAAGCCUCAACAUUAUGAAAGAAGACGGGACUAUGAUGACUGAUGAUGAGUACUAAGUCGAUCAUCAUUUGCAAUCAUCAAAGGAAAAUAUUCAUCUUCAUUUUAACUAUCGUGUUUAACUAAAAAGAUAUUUAUUAGCCAGAAGGUAUCAGUAAUUUGGAAUGAAAUCGUUAUUUUUUACCCCGCCUCAUGUGCGGAAGUUUAAUUUGUCAAGUGAUAUUUAUCAGUUAGACGCAUUGACGACGCUGGAUGGAAUUGGAUGCGUCGGUUGUGUCGUUUUGGAAAAGCUAGAAACUCGUUUUUGAUUUUUGAUUUCUAGAAGAAAAAAUGGCGACGUUGGUUGCUCGUUGGCGAGCUAUAAAUAUUUAUUGUUGACUACUUCAUUCUUGUCUGACGCCAAGUAUUGAGAAUGACCUGGCCUAAUUGUUCCCGUGAUCGCUGAUGUACACCAUCCUUGCUGCUGCCAGCAAAUAAACUUGAAACCGAA